AUGGCAAAAGCGAUGAGAGAGAUUAGUAUCGGAUUGGAUAGCUGUGUGAUUCCUUUGCGGCACCGAGGCUUGUUUCUCGUACAGACAACAGACUUUUUCUAUCCUCUUGUUGAUGAUCCGUAUCUUAUGGGCAGGAUCACUUGUGCAAAUGUUUUGAGUGAUUUGUAUGCCAUGGGAGUGGUUGACUGUGACAAUAUGUUGAUUUUACUCGGCAUACCCAAGGAUAUCAGUGACAAAGAACGGGAUGUUGUCGCUACCAAUUUCUUCGAUGGUUUCAAGGAUACUGCAGCAGAAGCUUGUACUGCCAUUAGAGGUGGCCAAACAGUGCGUUGUCCUUGGUUGCUGCUUGGUGGAGUAGCUACAAGUGUGUGCAGUGCUAAUGAAAUGGCUACGGUUGACGGAGCACGACCUGGUGACGUCCUUUUGCUCACCAAACCACUUGGUGGCCAGGUGGCAGUAAAUGCAUAUGAAUGGCUGAAAAGAGGAAAUUCACAUGUGCAGGAACUGAGAUUAAAUAAAUCGAGAGUUGUGCGCGCAUAUCAGCAAGUAGUUGAACAAAUGUGUCGAUUAAAUAGAAAUGCUGCACGCAUGACUUUAAAAUACGGCACCCAUGCUUCAACGGAUGUAACUGGUUUUGGAAUUUUAGGGCAUGCUGACAGUUUGGCGAAAGUGCAGAAAGCUGAAGUGCAAUUUAUUAUUCAUACUCUGCCUAUAAUAGAUUACAUGGCCGAAAUUUCAAAAACGAUGGGCAAUGGUUUCAAUUUAUUCAGUGGAACAUCUGCAGAGACAUCAGGCGGCCUUUUAAUUGCCAUCGAAAAAGAGCAGGCGAAACACUUAAGUACCGAAUUGGAACAGCUUGAUGGAUUCCCAGUAUGGCUUGUAGGUGAUGUCGUCAGUGGUUCACGUGGUGCCGUUAUUGCUGAAGACGUAAAAAUCGUCUCUGUAGCCUCAAGAAUACACCCUAUCUGA